AUGUGCAUCCAAAUUCGCUGCUUUUACGAAAUUAUUGCAGUCGGCCAUAAAAAAUACAGGGAGGAAAAUUUACCAUUUUUCCGGAGUCUAAGUUGGUCAUUUGUUGCAACCGUAAACUACUUUCUUUAUGGUGAAAGUUUAUCCCAAUAUUUUCAAAAUUUUCUUCAAAAGGAUGAAAUCUUGCAACCGCUUGCUUCGUAUCAUCGAUUCAUUUCGUUUAUGAUGUAUUUGUGUUGUUUUGUCUUGUUUGUACUGACCUUAAAGAAAGGAUAUUACAUGGUGCAAUUUGCUUUGUUUGGUUGGACUCAUAUAAUCAUAUUACUUUUGGUUGCUCAAUCCCAUCUGAUGAUUCAAAAUAUUUUCGAAGGCCUAAUUUGGUUCUUAUUACCUGUAUCACUGGUUAUUUGUAAUGACAUUAUGGCGUACAUUUUUGGAUUCUUUUUUGGUCGUACUCCUCUUAUUAAGUUAUCUCCCAAAAAAACCUGGGAAGGAUUCAUUGGUGCCCUAUUUUCUACAUUGAUUUUUGGUUUCCUUUUUACCAACUUCUUAGCUCGAUAUCAAUAUUUUGUUUGUCCAGUAAAGUAUAACAGCACUCUGAACAAGGUUAGAUUAGAGUGUGAUCCGUCCUAUGCCUUUCGAUUAAAAGAAUAUACUAUUCCAGUGGGAAUAUAUUACAAAACCGUCAUUAUGUAUCCCCUUCAAGUGCACACUUUGGCUUUCUCUAUAUUUAGUUCUUUAAUAGCUCCUUUUGGUGGUUUCUUUGCUAGUGGCUUUAAACGUGCAUUUAAAGUUAAGGAUUUUUCUGAAGCUAUUCCUGGUCAUGGUGGUCUAAUGGACAGAUUUGACUGUCAACUUCUUACCUCAACUUUCGUCCAUGUUUAUUAUUUUUCAUUUCUGAGGAGUGAAGAUCCAGCUAGACUGUUGGGACAAAUUCGCAGGCUUAAUGUAGAUAGUCAGUUGUAUCUCUUCAACGAGAUCAAAAAGCUAUUGGAGGCUGCUGGAAAACUCUAA